AUGACGAAGGGUGUGAUCUCGGAGGACGAGCUGAUCGAAUGUACAGAGGCUGAGAUUCAAGAGGGUUUGAGUGAGCAAGGCGUAAUAUGCGCAAAACGAAUCAUGAUCAGAAGGGACGGCAAGGAAAUGGCCACCAAACACAUUAUUCUGUCCUUCAAACUGCACACGAUACCCACUAACAUAAAGGCAGGUUACCUGAGUUGUAAUGUCAGACCCUACGUGCCAAAUCCGAGGCGUUGUUUCAAAUGCCAGCGUUUUGGGCACAGCUCACUUGCAUGUCGCGGACAUCUGACAUGCCCAAAGUGCGCUGGCAAAGACCACACAGGAGAGUCUUGCAGUAAUGAAUACCGUUGUGCUAACUGCCAAGGUAACCAUCCAGUAUACUCAAGAUCAUGCCCGCGCUGGAAAGAUGAGAAAGAAGUAAUCAGAAUCAAAACAGAGCAGAAUAUUUCCUAUAAAGCGGCUAGAACGCAACACGAAUUUCAAAAGAAAGGCAGUUUCUCCGAAGUGGUGCGCAGGGGAGUGGCACCACAGAGGAAAUCCGUGGAGACUCAAACCUACUCGCAGGUUAUUGAGCCUCCACCCCACACUCCCCAACAGGAAGCUGGGGACACCCAGGUGUCUCCAGCUGCGACGGAGGUCAGCCGUCCAACUGGCCGAAAAGAAGCAGCCACGGCUCUUUCAAAAGCCAAUGGUCUGCAGUCGAUUUGGGAUGGAGGCGUGACAACCCCCACCCAAAAAAGCACUCAAAGCAUGGAGGUUGAUGAUGACGACAGAAUGUCGCAAAAGUCAUCAUCAAGCCUCCCUGAAAUGCAUCCAAGAGAAAAACGAGAAAAAGGCAGAGGAAGAGGAGUAAAGACAGGUGAACCACAGAAGCCACCCCCGCGAAGGGUCCAACCCCCUAAAUGA